AUGGAUACAAUUCUUAGUCAAGGUUAUGGUUAUGGUUUUGCUUUAGGGCUUGGAGCUGCAUUUGCUUUGUUGAUGGUGGUUAUUACAAAGGUUAGUACUCUGUAUUUGGGGCAAGUACAAACUUCAGAACGGUUUUCAACUGCUUCAAGAAGUGUCAAAUCAGGUUUAAUUGCCUCAAGCACUGUUUCAGCUUGGACUUGGCCAGCCACGCUUCUUACAUCUGGUCAAUGGAGUUAUGAUCAUGGUAUCAGCGGUGGAUUUUUGUACGGCAUUGGGGGGACGCUUCAAAUCACAUUAUUUUUAUUUUUAGCUAUUCAAUUAAAAAGGAAUGCACCAUCAGCUCAUACUAUUUCAGAAUGCUUUUAUAUUAGAUUUGGGAAAUUGGGACAUUGUGUGUUUCUUUUUUACUGUAUAGCAACAAAUAUUUUGAUAUCUGCCUUAUUGCUUUUAGGUGGUUCUCAAGCUUUUGCUGCCACUACAGGUAUGCAUGUUGUUGCAGCAAGUUUCCUAUUGCCACUUAAUGUAAUUGUCUAUACUACAAUGGGUGGAUUAAAAGCUACUUUCAUAUCUGAUUGGACCCAUACAGUUAUUAUUUAUGGGAUUUUGUUAUCUACUUGUUAUACCAUUUAUUGCUCUUCACCGCUUAUUGGGUCACCAAGUAAGAUGUACGAUCUUUUAGUUGAAGUUCAAGAAAUCUUCCCUUCGGCAACUGGCCAAAGUUACCUUUCUUUUCAUGAUAAAUCAAUGUACUUUCUUACUUGGUCAGUCGCAAUUGGUGGCCUUAGUUCUGUUUUUGGGGAUCCAGGCUAUUCUCAAAGAGCUAUUGCGUCGGAGCCUUCUAGUGUAUUUUUCGGUUAUUUGAUGGGUGGCAUUUGUUGGUGGAUUAUUCCAUUUGCUCUUGGGCUGUCAACUGGUCUAGCAUGUAGAGCUUUGUUAACGAAUCCAGCUUCUAUUACAUAUCCAAAUGCUUUAAGUAUAGAAGAAGCUAAUAGUGGAUUACCUGUUAUUUAUGGUAUGGCUGCAAUUUUUGGUAAAAGCGGUGCUGCUGCUGGGUUGGUUAUGUUAUUUAUGUCUGUUACAUCAGCUACAUCAGCUGAGUUAAUUGCGUUUUCUUCAGUAACAACGUAUGAUAUUUAUAGAACUUAUAUUAAGCGUGAUGCCUCUGGAAAUCAGUUAGUCAAUGUUGCUCAUAUGUCAGUUAUUGGAUUUGGAAUUGCAAUGGGGGCAUUAUCGACUUUAUUUAAUUAUAUUGGUGUUACCACUGGUUGGUUGCUCAGUUUCCUUGGGAUUAUAUUAACUCCUGAAGUUAGUGCUGUUUGUUUUACAUUAUUUUGGCCCAAGAUGACCAAAUUAUCUUUAGUUAUAGGUUGUCCAUUAGGUACUUUAACAGGUAUUGGAUGUUGGAUCGGUUCAACUUAUCAUUUCGCUGGUAUUAUUACUAAAGAUUCAUUAAUGACGACUGAAGCUACAUUUAUUGGCAAUAUAACUUCAUUGGCAAGCUCAGCUAUUUAUAUUAUUUUGAUUUCACUCAUUAAGCCGGAUAAAGAAUCAUUUUCUAUGGAAUCGUUAAAUGGGAAUUUUAUUCUCGGUGAUGAUAUUGAUGAAGAGAGUAAAGAAGCUGUUGCAAUUAGUAAUAAAGUUAAGAAAACUUUAACAAGACAUUCUUGGUUAAGUUUGUUAAGUAAUGCUUUUGUUCUUCUUGGAGCUUAUAUUAUUGUUCCUGUUUCUCUAUAUGGGAUAAAAAAAGAUUUAACUAAGAGUUCAUUCACUGCAUUAAUCAUUAUAAUGUUAAUAUGGCUUUUACUUGCAGCCGGGUAUAUCAUAAUUUUCCCAUUGUGGCAAGGAAAAGCUUCAAUUCUUGUUAUUGCUAAACAUUUCCUUGGUAAAUCAGACAAACCUGAUGAUCUUGAUUCAGGAAGCUCUCAGUUUUCUGACGCCAGUGUUGAAGAAGCUGAAGUAACUCAUAUUACAAAAGUAUGA